GAUGGCGUACGGGCAUGGCUAUGGACUAUGGUGGGUUGCACCGGAGCCCACUUUGCUCUUCCUUCAUAUAGGCGCAAGCCGAUGAUUACUUUCCUCAGUUGUAAGUGGUUCCUCUCCGCCAAUGAAUCCAUAGGUGUGAGGAGUCUUUCAGAGUUAGAGUCUGAGCACUCGGUCCAGGUCGCUAUGAUGGCUGUUCGUAAAGCCGAGCUUGCUCAGAAACAGAGGAAGAAGUCUGCCAAACCUCCUCUCUCAAGCAAAGACGAUGAAGAGCUCCUUCCUACUGACGAUGAUGACGAGACUUCUGAGGAGGAGUAUGUGGAUAUAGAUAUUAACCAAGAAGAACUUGAUGCAGGUAGGACAGCCGACGACCAUGAGUCGCUCGCUUCCCGUCGUGCGAGAUUCAGGCCUGGUGGCCAAGCUCCUACCCAGGUUGAUACACGUGGCCAGUCCACGCACGAGCGACCCAUUGGUUCUAUGAGAGGUGAUAUUCCGAAAAGGAAAAAGAUCGCUCAUAAACCACACGUUGGUCAGCGCUCCUAUGAAGCGGAUUUAGGAGACUUCGCCGACAGGGAGGAAGGGUUCUUUGAAGAGGGCGUUCCAUAUUCAGGUUGUCCUGCAAAUGUCGCGAUGGAAAAGCCAGCUGAGGAUCAGUUCUUUCAUGAUGUGGGCUUCGAGGAACAGAGGUGUGCCUCUGUACCAGGUUCCUCGGGACCCGACGCUGGAUUAUUAGCCGAUAUGUUGGCUGAGCAGGCCACCAGAAGAACCGCGGGACCACCCUUUGAGAGUGAUUCAUUUACAGCGCCAGUCAUUGGGAUUAACCCAAUAUCGAUUCCCGGCAUAUCUAGCUUACCUCGGAGUGACGGAUUUGCAGGACCAGCCAUCGGGACUGAUACUCUUAUGACUACUGACAUUCCCCGGAUACCUAAGGAUGAUGGACCUACAGGACCAGCCGUUGUGCCUGAUGCCACUACAGUUUCUGGGACUGAUAGUUUGUCUGAGAGCGGUGUUUCCCCGCCACAGCCGAGAGGUAUGACUGAUUUGCCUACAGGGGUUGAUAUACCCUCCAUGACUACUCCUGCAGUUAUUUCGGAACCUGUCGGAUUUCAGCCUGAGGGGACCUCCGUUGGCCUUGGAUCUCGAUCAUCUCUAUAUGAGCGUGUCCGCGCCCUCUUGGCUGAUACCGAUCCCGACAAAGACAUUUUCCGUACGGACCUCGGCCUUUUUACCGUCUUUUAUAACGGCAUGAUCGAGAAACUUCUUCAUCGAGGAUACGGUUUCGAUCAGUUCAGGCGUUCUUUUUCUCGUCACAUGCUGAUGUUCAGAGAAGAAGGGUAUCCAGAGUUGGCCGAUUCCUUCACUGCCGAUUUCACUGUUCUGGAGUCAGAGAUCCGAGAGUUGAAGGAGUUGAAGGCUGGUGGAGCUUCUUCCUUCGUGUCCUCUCAGAUGGAGCAUAGGCUGACACAGUGGCACGACCUGAGAUCUUCCAUCGGCAGCGAGCUUCGAUCACAUGAGCAUUCUGUUGCGCAGCUGAUGGCUACCGUGGCAAGGAAGGAUACAGGUAGAGCCGAGUUACUUAGCUCUUUGGAUUCCGGCCGUGAGGAAGUGGCUAGAUUGAAGGAGGCCUUGAAGCACGCCGAGGAGUCCGUUACUCUUAUUGCAGAAGACCUGGCUGGAUUAGAGUGUUCUCGUGAACAGACGCUCGAGAAGCUGGGAUCUACACAGGAGAGAUUGAUGAAGCUGAAGAAUGAAGCCGCAGAGAUCUUAAGCAGUUCCGAAGACUCUGUCCGAGCUAGUCUGCAGGCAGAACUUGAGCAGAGCUAUGCAGACAGGCUUUCUAGUUUAGAGUCCCAUGUUCUUAGCCGUCAGUUGCCUUCGGGCUAACGAGCUUUUUAUUAUAUGCUUUUGACUUGAUCUA